UUUGAUUUAAUCCAAAAUAGUUUAAUUAAAAGUAUGUUUAUUCCCUUCCUAACAAGUUGUUUUCAUUGUUGCUAAUGAGAAAGCAUGAAAGCUUGAUCACGUGACACAGGUGAUUUUAAAUUGACAGGUAGCAAAACAAGGACUUACAUUUCCGAGGAUUUUUUUCUCUAAUUUAGGAUAUUAACGUUAAAAAAAUGACUAAAGUUGCUGACGAAGAAGAAGGAAAGAAGGAAAAGCAAGUUACAGAGAAAAAAGAAGAAUUUAAAGAAAAAAAGAAGGCAUGGGAUGAACCAGAGAAUAAAGGUGAAAAACGUCAGUAUGAUCCAAAUUUCAAGGGACCAAUAAAGAACAGAUCAUGUACAGAUAUAAUAUGCUGUUUGUUAUUUAUAAUUUUCUUUACUGGUAUGAUCAUUUGCUCCGUAAUUGGAUACACAAGAGGUGAUCCCUAUAAGCUUAUCUUACCAACAGAUUCAAAAGGACAAAUUUGUGGUUAUGAUGCAGUAGUAAAAGAUAAACCGUAUUUGAUGUAUUUUGACAUAUCGACAUGUGCACAAAUGGGUGCUGCUGCUGCUGUGAGUGGAUGUCCCACACCUGCGGUGUGUCGAGCAGCCUGUCCAACCAGUUACUAUGUAUAUAUAGAGACGAAGGCGAGAGCACUUGGAACCUUAACACAGUCUGAUGUGGACAAGAUGAUCUGUAAAGACUGGGCCACAACACAACCUUCUACCACUUCUACCUCUUCUGACAUUCAAGCUUUUAUAGACGAUGAUGAUUGUGCACCAUAUUAUAUGGAUUCAACAGGAGUGGUGAACAGAUGUGUGCCAUCUAUUUUUAAAACAAUUACAGAUUAUGCAACAGAAUUGUAUUAUACGGAUGAUAGCGGAAAUAAUCGUACUCUUAAAACAAGCAGUGGGACUGAGAUUACUGGUUCAUUAAUGAGUGAGGCAAGCUAUUACUUGGCCAAAUUUUAUUCUGCAGUGCAGCAUAUUGAAAUGGUAUUUAAAGAUGUAGUAGCAUCUGGUUACCUGAUUCUGAUUUUUAUUGGAAUGGGAACCGUAUUUGCCUUCCUAUGGAUUGUGAUAAUGAGGUGGAUAACAGGAGCUAUGGUGUGGAUUAGUAUCUUCAUGGUCAUUGGACUUCUGGGAUUUGGUGCCUGUUGGUGUUUUAUAAAAUAUUAUGAAAUAAAGAAUACUAAUGUUGUGAGUGAAUGGGGAUUUGAUGAAGCUUUUGCACUAAAUUUUUCUUAUUAUCUGCGGCUGAAAGAAACUUGGUUGGCUUUUGCUUGUACCACUUCAACCUUCCUGGCUAUAUUUCUCUUCCUUUUGUUAAUAUUAGCCAGUAGAAUUUGUCUAGCUAUUGAAUUGAUCAAAGAGGGAAGCAGAGCAAUUGGAAACAUGAUUUUCACACUGUUUUGGCCAAUAAUUCCGUUCCUGUUACAGAUCUGUCUGCUCAUUUACAUGGGAUUCAGUUGUGCAUACAUUGCUUCAAUGGGAAAUUCUGAGUUUUACUCUAAUUCCACCAACGUAACAAGUAAUGGAGUGGACUACUAUCUAUCCAGAACACCGUGUACUCCUGAUAGUUCAACAGCUGGACAACUGUGUGACUUUGUGAAAUAUGGAGGUGAAGAAUACAUCAUACCUGUAUUAGUGUUUAUGUUAUUUAUGUUUCUAUGGGUGAUGAACUUUAUUGUUGCUCUUGGUCAGAUGACUCUUGCUGGAUCCUUUGCUUCAUACUAUUGGGCAUUUGAGAAGCCAAAGGACAUUCCAGCAUUCCCACUUACAGCUGCUUUCUACAGAAGUUUGAGAUAUCAUUUGGGAACACUAGCAUUUGGAUCUCUUAUCAUAGCCAUUAUACAGAUGAUUAGGAUUGUACUAGAAUAUCUGGAUCAUAAAGUAAAAGGAUCAGAAAAUCCUGUGGCCAAAUUCUUUCUCAAGUGUUUGAAAUGCUGCUUCUGGUGUUUAGAAAAGUUUGUGAAGUUUAUGAACAGAAAUGCUUAUAUAAUGACUGCAGUAUAUGGAAGAAACUUCUGUUCUGCUGCUAAAGAAGCAUUUUUCUUACUUCUUAGGAAUGUAGUAAGAGCUGUUGUAUUAGACAAGAUAUGUGAUUAUGUAUUGUUUAUCAGCAAACUGAUGGUAACAGCGGCUGUUGGUGUUGGAGCUUAUUUCUGGUUUUCUGGCGGGAUAGAUUUUUUCCAGAAGUACAAUCCCAAUUUAAAUUACUUCCUUACUCCUGUAGUGGUUGUAGUGAUUGGGAUGUUUAUUAUAGCCUGCACUUUCUUCAGUGUGUAUAACAUGGCUGUAGAUACACUAUUUUUGUGUUUCUUGGAAGAUUUAGAAAUGCAUGAUGGAUCACCAGAAAAACCUUAUUUUAUGAGCAAAAGUUUGAUGAAAAUCCUCAAUAAGACUAACAAAUUUGAAGAACCAAAAGGAAAGAAAUAAAUAUGUUAGAAGAUGGCAAUACAAGAUUUGUUUAUUGAACAAUUUACUUUUAUGUGUGAUAUUAUGCGGGAUCAUAAGUUUUAUAACACAAAAGGAAAAAAAAAACACCUCAGGAACAAUUCUUUAAAAUUUAUAAAUUUGAAGGUUAAUUUUUAUGUUAUUUUUUCUCUUUGUAAGUUUUAAUGUUUAACAAUGUUGAUGGUCAUUCUCCAGAAGUGUAGAUAUAGUUUUUAGGUUUCAGUCAGUUAUAGUACUAAAUAUUCUGAAUAGUGGAAUUAAAGGAUUGAAUAGUUUGGAUUCAGCAUAGUUUUGACACAGGACUCAUUUUUGCCAAACUUGCACUCUAUAGUCUUAAAUUAAUGAUUGUAUGACUCAUACUGUGUAACACUCACUCACUCAUCCUCUUCAUGCCUGUGACCACAUAAGGCCUUACAUACAGUAUACAGUAAACUUCAUUAAGUUAUUCAUAAAUGUAACCUUGGUGCACUCAUAUUACCUAUAGUAUCCAAUUCUCUAGAUACAGCAAAGACUAAUAUAGAAUAAGAAUAUGAAAUAAGUAAGAUACUAUGUGUAGUUUGUUGUCAGAAUCUUUAAAAAGAACCAGUUCAAGUCUUGUUACAAGAUGAAGUAAUCUAAGCUUGUUGUUCGGUGUGACCAAGGCUCCAUGUCGAAGACCAUACAUUGACCUAUAAUGGUUUACUUUUUUAAAUUGUUAUUUGGAUGGAGAGUUGUCUCAAUGGCAAUCACACCACAUCUUCCUAUAUCUAUAUAAGACUUGGGUUUCUUGAUAUCCACUGUGGCCCAUCAUUAAACAUUUCUGUCUAUGACUGCUGAUUUACUGAAAAUAAGAUAUUUUAUAUGUUAAAAUUGUAUCUUUUGGCCUGUUGUCCCAGCUAUGUACAAUCAAAAGAAUGAAUAUGUUAUUAAUUGUUGAUUAUUGUGAAGAAAUAUUGUAUUUUUAAUGGAUAUUUUAUAAAGCAAGGGAGAUCAUUUGUUGAGAAAAUGGUUUUUGAAUUGUUAAUUGUUAAUUGUGCAUUUCAUACACAAAAAAUGCAUUGAAAUUGUGUUAUAUUGUCCACUAAAUUAAUAUCCACUGCAGUGCUUUACCAAUUUUACUGGUUAUUUUAAUAUAGGCUAUACAAUUUAAGAAGUCUCGUUUCUUUUGAAUUCUAUUGAAUUUUUAUAUUGCACUAAUUAUACAAAUCAUAUCAUAAUUCCAGCACAAGUCCCACCAUUAAAAAUCUUUAAAAAAAACUUAGUCCCACCAUUCCUUUUUUUUACAAUUUUAUAUACAUUCCUUAAUAAAAAAAAAUAUAGAUAUGUGAUGUAAGAUUUUGUUUGUGUAAAUUUGUUUUAAUGUUGUUGUUUUUUUUAUAUGUAGAGAGAUUUGUUUUAUUAAUUACUGUACAUAUAAGAAAAUUUUCACAAGAUUUUGUUUCAUAGUUUGUAUAACAGAUGUUUAUGUAAAAGUCAAGGGUUGAAAACAAUAUUAAUCUGUGAAAAAACUGAGAAAAUAGAAAUUUUCCUUUUUUGGCUUUUUCUUCUUCUAAAUAAUGGAAUAAACAUGAGUUGUUCCCCUUUGAAUUUGUUAGGCAGUUGAUGCACAUUGUUUUACUACAUAUAUUCUAAACUUACUUAAUCAUUUAGAAUAUUAUAUCAAUGCAAUAAAUUAUAGAUAAAAUGUAUAAUCUUGGCUGGUCCCAGGAUGUGUAUAAAGGAUUAUAUAUAAUUGUGUUUAAAUUGGUAAUUGUAUUGUCAAUAUUGGGAUGUUAUUGAUAGUAAAUGGUAGAAAUUUAAACAUGUUUAUUUGUAGUGGACAACUUAUAUUAACCCCUUUCUACUUUGUUGGUGCGAGUGCUGCAUUGUCAUUUUGGUUUUUUUUAUAAUUGCUAAAUUGCUUAAUCUGCCCUGUCAUAAUAGGAAUAUAACUACAAAGAGCACUAAAUGAAAAAUUCAUUUGACUGCUAAGAAGUAAUAUGUUAUUGUAUUGAGGCUCCCACAGGGUCAAACACGACCUGCGACCUCUGGCCCUUUUAGAGGCGACUUCCGACUUGAGGGUCUUCUAAAAACAACCUGCAACCUAUAAAAUUUGGAAAAAACAACUUCAGACUGACUUCCCUCCUCUGUGUUGGGAAAAACGACCUGCUAACUGUACAUUUCCCUUAAAAACAACCUCUCAACGAAUUUAAAAGUGACCUUGCGACCUGAGGGGGGUACCCUGUGGGGGCGUCAGUAUUGGUAGUUUUUAGUUUUGUAAUUUUUUUAAAUUGACUUGGUCAUUGAAAAUUUUAAGCAAAUGUUUUUCUCUAGAUCUGUCAUACAUUUAACCUAGCCAGGCACCGUUUGUCUUUAAAAAACUGAAAAAUAACAAGAAUUUUAUAAGAUUUUUAAAACAUGGCAUCUUAUGUUUGCUGGCAAACAUUUAAUGGUGUUUCAUGGAUAAGAGGGUAAAUAAGGAUUUUUUUUCAAGGUAAAUAGAUCAUAAGGAAAUAGACAAAUUAAGUCAUAUUUUAGUCACUACAAUUUGACUACUGAAAAUGUCACACAUUAGAAACUUGAACAAACUCAACAUAAUAUUCUAAUGCCACUCUACAUGUAACACCAUAUUUUAUAAGCCUGGUACCUUUGAUAACUCAUUAUUGUCUACUGCUGUCAAUUCAGCAGUAGACGGUCAGAAUCAUUGGCAACAUUGUUGUGCAAUUGCCAUCAAUGAUUCUUGAAUUCUUUUCUGGAACGUUUACAAGUACUACAUUAGAAGAGAGCUUUUCAUUGACAGUAAAACUGCAUUUGUAACUGUCAAAUCCCUAAUUGACAUUGACAACCCUUCAAAUUUAUUACUGUUAUUCCUAAAUUCUGAUCAAAUGAAGGACGGAAAGUGACAGACUUAAACAUUGGUAUUUGAGUGAUACAUUAAUUGAUAAGAUAUUCACCAUGACAAUAACAUGGUGGAGAACUCUCCUCUCUUCAAUUUUAUAUCAUUCAAAAUUACCAUUACUGUAUUUGGCAAAACCUUUAUACAUAUAAGAAUAUUUUGGUCCUCAGUGUCUAUAACUUUGUACUUGAUAUAACCUUUUAACUAUUUUAUUUGAGCAUAACAAUGAGUCUUUUGUAGACAAAGCAUGUCUGGCGUACAAAAUUAUAAGCCUGGUAUCAUUGAUGAGUUAUUUUACUAUAGUCAGAUCAUUUCAUACUAAAAAAAUAGUUAUUCUCAAUACUGUUUAAAAAAACUUAAGUUGUACUAUAUAUAUAUUGUUGGGAUAGAUCAUCCUAGUACUGUUCAUUUGUAUGGAUACUAGUAUUAACAUGAAGUUAUAAUCAUUUGUGUUCAUUCAUUGUUAUAUAGUACACAAUUGUUACUUUUGUAGAUUUUCUUUAAGUAUGUUCAGUGAUGAAUUUGUUAUAAAUGCUUAGACAAACUGUGUUUUUCCUCCCAUGUUUAAUGUAUUUUAUCUUUCUUUUCAUUUCAACAGCAAAUAUUCAUCUGUAUCAUAGCUUCAAAUUUUAUUGAUCAUUUUCCUUUCAUGAAAGUAGAAUACCAGAUGGUAUAUUUUUUCAUUACAAUUUUUCAAUGUAAGUGUUGCAUGUAUUUUUUUCUCUCAUUUUUUUUAUAUUGAUAUAAUUGUUAAAUUUUUUUUUCCUGUAGAUCUGUUUGAAAAGUAUAUUUUCUAUUAUUAUGUAUUUCACUAUUUAAAGAAGUUGUUUUUUUAAACUAUUGCACCACCUAAAAGUUUAUUAAUAUUGCUCAAAAACAAACAGCAUUAUUUUAAAAUCUAACAUGGUCUGUUUUGUAUAAUACAAAGGUCUUAUUAUCUUAUGCAAUAUGGUAUUUUUAAAAGCUUUAAACAAGGCAAUAGUUGAUGGCAAAUUUUUUAUCAAUUUGAUUUCUUUUGAGGAAGAUAAGAAUCCGAAAAUGAUUAGUGUUAAAAUAUACUGUGAUAUGUAUUUUAUUAAUAUAUUAUAUACAUUUCUUGUCAUUCAUAAUAAAUAUGUUGAUGUUGAA